UCCCGGGGGUCGGGGCGGGCGGGGAGUGGGCAUCGCGCCCGGCGGGCCCCGCCGCCAGCAUGGCCACCACCGCCACCUGCACCCGCUUCACCGACGACUACCAGCUCUACGAGGAGCUCGGCAAGGGGGCCUUUUCUGUGGUCCGCAGAUGCGUGAAGAAAACCUCCACUCAGGAGUACGCAGCCAAAAUCAUCAACACCAAGAAGUUGUCCGCCCGGGAUCACCAGAAAUUGGAACGUGAAGCCCGAAUAUGCCGACUCUUAAAACACCCGAACAUAGUGCGACUCCAUGACAGUAUUUCUGAAGAAGGGUUUCACUACCUCGUCUUUGACCUUGUUACGGGUGGAGAGCUGUUUGAAGAUAUUGUUGCCAGGGAGUACUACAGUGAAGCAGAUGCCAGCCACUGUAUACAUCAGAUCCUGGAGAGCGUCAACCACAUCCACCAGCAUGACAUCGUUCACCGGGACCUCAAGCCUGAGAACCUUCUGCUGGCAAGUAAAUGCAAGGGUGCCGCCGUCAAACUGGCCGACUUUGGGCUGGCUAUCGAGGUGCAGGGCGAGCAGCAGGCCUGGUUUGGUUUUGCCGGAACGCCAGGGUACUUGUCCCCUGAGGUCUUGAGGAAAGAUCCCUAUGGAAAACCCGUGGAUAUCUGGGCCUGUGGGGUGAUCUUGUACAUCCUCCUGGUGGGGUACCCUCCCUUCUGGGAUGAGGAUCAGCACAAGCUGUAUCAGCAGAUCAAAGCCGGAGCCUAUGAUUUCCCAUCACCAGAAUGGGACACGGUGACUCCUGAAGCCAAGAACCUGAUUAACCAGAUGCUGACAAUAAACCCUGCAAAACGUAUCACAGCUGACCAGGCACUCAAACAUCCAUGGGUCUGUCAACGAUCCACGGUGGCCUCCAUGAUGCACCGGCAAGAGACAGUGGAGUGUUUGCGCAAGUUCAAUGCUCGGAGGAAGCUGAAGGGUGCCAUCCUCACAACAAUGUUGGUCUCCAGGAAUUUUUCAGUUGGCAGGCAGAGCUCCGCCCCCGCCUCGGCCGCCGUGAGCGCCGCCGGCCUGGCCGGGCAAGCUGCCAAAAGUUUACUGAACAAGAAGUCAGAUGGUGGUGUGAAGAAACGGAAGUCGAGUUCCAGCGUACACCUGAUGCCACAGAGCAACAACAAAAACAGUCUCGUAAGCCCAGCCCAAGACCCUGCGCCUUUGCAGACUGCCAUGGAGCCUCAAACUACUGUGGUGCACAAUGCAACUGAUGGUAUCAAGGGCUCCACAGAGAGCUGCAACACCACCACUGAAGAUGAGGACCUGAAACCUGCCCCACUCCACGCCGGGGGUGGCGGCUCGGCGUCCCAAGGACGGAGCCCCUGGGACCCCGCGCCGCCCCCCGUGGUCCCUCAGCCCGAGCCUUCUCGCUGCUCCUCAGCCAUGCGCAAACAGGAGAUCAUUAAGAUAACAGAGCAACUGAUUGAGGCCAUCAACAAUGGAGACUUUGAGGCUUACACGAAGAUCUGUGAUCCAGGUCUCACCUCAUUCGAGCCAGAAGCGCUGGGCAACCUGGUGGAAGGAAUGGAUUUCCAUAAGUUUUACUUUGAGAAUCUGCUCUCCAAGAACAGUAAGCCCAUCCACACCACCAUCCUGAACCCCCACGUGCACGUCAUCGGCGACGACGCCGCUUGCAUCGCCUACAUCCGGCUGACCCAGUACAUCGACGGACAGGGCCGACCCCGCACCAGCCAGUCCGAGGAGACCCGCGUUUGGCACCGCCGAGAUGGCAAGUGGCUCAACGUGCAUUACCACUGCUCGGGGGCCCCCGCCGCUCCACUGCAGUGAUGCCUCG